CAGUCUCGGCGGGGUCGUCGGAUAGGCUGCGGUGCCUCCUCCUGGUUUUCUGUGGCUGCAGCCUGAACAGCGGAGAAGCGCUAGGGCAGCUGCCAAUGGCCGGUCCAGGCCCCCUCCCGCUCCUCCUCCUCCUGCUGGGCGGGGGCGGUUUGUUGUUAACUGAGCGUAGCCUGUUUCCCUGGGUCCUUCGUAGCCUCCUCUGACGGAGUUCACCCCUUGGAGGCGGUGGGCAGUGGCUGGCUGGCUGGCUGCUGUGCCUCUCCUGGGCUCGGGGCUGUACUGAUUCUCACGGUGCAUGGUCCUCGGGCGCCUCGUAGCUAAACGCAAUUUUUGUGGACUCAUCGGAGGCAGUAUUUGGUGUUAAUGAGCCAAAAUGCUUGGUAGAAGACCCAGGAAAAGUCCCCAACAGAAGGGUCAGGGAGCAGCUGCUGCAAAGCAGCUGGGACUUUUUCUCAAUUUCAGUCCUGAAGAGAUGAUGCGAGAAAUGGAGGAUUAUGGUGAUGACGGGGCCCUAGAAGCGGAACUAGCUGCGAUCACAGGAGAGAACGUGUCAACUGGGAAGAUGAAGCCUAAAGGAAAGAUUCCUUUGCCAAUGGAUCAUAUUGAAAAGAUGGCUGCAGAUUGUAUGAAGGACUUGGAUGAUGGUGGUGGUGAUGAUGAUGAUGAUGAUGAUGAGCUAGAGGAAGAUAACAGUCUUUUGGCAGAGUUACAGGAGGUUCUAGGAGAGGAAGGAGGAGGAGAAAGCACUGAACAUGAGACAGAAACCAUAGGUUUGCUUCCUGCAGCCACAGAUCAAGUUUCUGAACUACAGAUCCAAAUGUCUUCUGCUUCCAGUGAACUGCAGAAAACAAUAGAAGAAAGGAUAACUAACUAUAAGGCAGCAAUACAGAAUGCAAAGAAGGCAGGGGAGAGUGCCAAAGUGCGACGGUAUGAGCGGGGCCUUAAGACUUUGGAAACAAUGCUGACUGCUGUGAAGAAGGGCAAAAAAGUGAAUGAGGAAGAGAUGCCACCACAAGUAGCUUCAGGGAAGAGCUCUGCAGCCUUGCCACAAGCUGUGCAUGAUACAUCAAAAAGCUCAGGUGAUCAGGAUAAAGUUACAGUCCCUGAAAAAGAAGAGGAGGAAGAAGUCUGUGCUGCAGACCCUGAUGUAAAGAACCCCAGUGGUGUGGAGCUGUCUGUCAGCAAAACUGCUCUCCAGGGCCUGGAUGCAGAUGGAGGUGCUGCGGGAGUAGGUACCACUUUAGAAAACAAUUCCCCAAAACUUUGUAUGCAAGCACUACUUGAGACAAGAGAGAAGGAGUAUAAAUUAGCAGCACUGAAAGCCAAGCAGGAAGGUGAUCUUGAGAAGGCCAAAGAAUACAUGAGAACUGGAAAGAAAUUUAGCAUGGCCCUAGAAGCAUUGGACAGUGGACAGCCAAUAGACAUCAAGGAUAUGCCUCCAGCUCCACAUGACGUUGAAAGCCUGGAAAAAAUGUGCAUUCCCCGUAAACCGACGCUGUCUGUACCUGUAGAAGCUUCCCAGCCUCUGACAACACAAGAGCUCCAAAGUAUGAAAGCUUCAAGUUCUGUGCAGCAGCCAAAAUCAGUACUAGAAGCUUUGCAGCAGAGGCUGGAAAAAUACAAAACAGCAGCAGCUCAAGCCAAAGCAAGCGGAGCUGAUCGGAAAAGCAGAAUGCAUGAGAGGAUAGCUAAGCAAUACCAAGAUGCUAUAAGAGCCCAUAGAGCAGGAAGAAAAGUGAAUUUUUCAGAACUACCCAUUCCCCCUGGAUUCCCUCCAAUUCCUGGAGUUGCUCCUGAAGAUGACAGUACCGUAGCGGCAGUGCUGGAAAGUGCAAGUAAGUUGAUUAAAAUGGAAGAGGAGGAAGAAGAGGACAAAGAUGAUGAUGAUGAUGAGGGUGAACUUUCCACACAGGCUCCAGCUGCCAAGAAGCCCACUCAGCUGCCUAAGAAACCAGUGCUAGUUGUUCAGCCACUUAUGGUGCCAUCUGCUGUAAUUCAGGAAGAGUCCUCUCCAGAGAAGGAUACUUCUGAACCAGCCCCUAUAACAGCACCAGAGAAAUCUACAUCCAUUGAGCAUCUCUCUCUAGUUGCUAGGGAACAGAUCGAAUUUCUGGAGAGUAGAAAGAAGCAAUACUUAAAGGCUGCAGUCCAAGCAAAGAAGAAAAAUGAUCUUGAAGAAGCCAAGAUGUAUCUUAGAACAGCAAAGAGCUUUGACCCAAAGAUUGAGCUGGUGAAGAAUGGCAAGUUGGUUGACAUUUCCAAGCUGCCUUCCCCUCCCACAGAUGAUGAGGGUGACUUUAUUUUUAUACAUCAUGAGGAUGUCAGGCUUUCUCAGAAAGCUGAAGAAGUGUACAUUCAGCUCAUCAAGCUGUUGAAAGACCAGCAUGAGAAAUGUGUGCAGUAUUCCAAGCAGUUCAUGCAUCUGGGAAAUGUAACUGAAACUUCCCGCUUUGAAAAGCUGGCUCAGAAUUGUAAAAAAGAUCUGGACAUCUUACAGCUUGCCCAAGCCCAGGGACUGGAUCCCCCAAGCCAUCAUUUUGAAGAAAGAACAUUUAAAAUUGUCAGGAUAUUUUCUGAACUCAACAGCACAGAGAUGCAUCUUAUCAUUGUCAGGGGAAUAAAUCUACCAGCUCCACCAGGUGUGGCACCAAAUGACUUGGAUGCAUUUGUAAAGUUUGAAUUUCAUUAUCCUAACGCAGAGCAAGCUCAGAAAAGUAAAACAUCUGUGAUAAAAAACACCAAUUGUCCAGAAUAUGAUCAGCUAUUCAAGUUGAACAUUAACCGAAAUCACAGAGGUUUCCGAAGAGCAAUUCAGGCCAAAGGCAUUAAAUUUGAAAUUUUGCACAAAGGAUCCUUUUUCAGAAGCGACAAGCAAGUAGGAAUGGCACACUUGAAACUGGACAAACUGGAAUCUGAAUGUGAAAUUAGAGAAAUAAUUGAGGUUUUGGAUGGCAGGAAGUCCACUGGAGGAAAACUAGAAGUGAAAGUGAGACUCAGGGAGCCACUUAGCGGACAAGAUCUUCAAACAAUUACAGAAAACUGGCUAGUUCUUGAACACUAGUUGCAUCUAAGGUUCAGAAAUGCUAAAUGCUGCAGAAUGGACUGAGUACACAUAAAGCUUCUACAAGCACCAAAGAUGUUCAAUGAAUGCACUACUGAACAUAACAUCUAUUUUCAUAACUAUCAUAUAGUAUGUGUUGGUAAACUUUGUAAGUCUACUACUGGUAAUGAAGGUACUAAAGAUUUAUAAUGGGUUGGAGGUAGUGGAAAAGUUUGCAGGGGGAGUUGACAGAUGAGAUCUUACCCUAUUGUCUCCUUCUCCAAGAGCUGCUGUUUGUUACAAAAAUCCUUGGAGGCUUGGAAGACUCUUGUGAACAAAAUACACCACAACACAAGGAACUGCAGGGAGGGUGAAAUCACUGCCACCUCCUCCUAGAUUACUCACUGACAGACUGUCCUGCCUUAAAGCCUUGUAGAUAUCGUUAGUAUGAAUGUUACUUAAGGUGUAUUUACUGUUCCCUUAUGCAAAGGAAGGACAUGUUUUCAGAGGUAAAGUUUUAUUUUACUAGUUGGGUGGUAUAUUAUCUUGCAAAAUAUCUUGUGGUGUUAGCCCUGGAAUAAAUUCUAUUCUUGUGCACAGGAAAGUUAGGUCAAGCAGCUGCUACUCAGAUGCCUGUAUAUUGCUCUUUUCUUAAUUGCCUGCAAGGAAAAAUUCUUCAAGCUACUGCUACAUCUCCCACCUUCUCUGUAUGUGCACAGACACUCUUGUUUUAGUGUAACACCCUAAUCAGUCCUUUGAAAGUGCCCAACACCAUAUUUGUGAUGGCUAUGAACAGCAUCUAACUAUGAGCCAUCUGCCUUUGCUCUUCCCUUUCAAAUGGAAGGUAGCAGUAAAGUAGGAGAAUACUGCACCUAAGUGUUCUAGAAUGGUUACAAUGUGUAAUUCUAUGGAUCUUGAAUUGCCUGCAUGUUUUUCCUCAUCUUCAGGCGGGUCCUUAGAGAGAGCUCAUGUAGGAGAAUAAUAAGCCUGUGGCAGAAGAGGUGCAGACUUUCCUCCAUACAAAGAUAGGUCUACUCUUGAACUAGCAUUUCUGCUUGUCUGCCUAAGUGGAUGGAGACAAUACAAUAUGCAGUUUUUAAUUUUAAUAAAUUUAAUAUACAAAACUACAUGUUGAAAAUAAAAAUAUAAUAUGCAG